AUGGCUUCUCCCUUUGCGCAAAAAUGGGCCCGGUUCAUUCCGAUGAUCGGGUACCACCAUGUGUUGAUGAUUAUUAUUGCCGUCGCUAUCAUCCUAUUAUCACUCCUGUUGGCUGGAUGUUCAUCGUCAUCCCCACAAAUGCCUAACAUCUUCCUUAUCUCUCUAUACUACGAAAAGUACAAUCCCAUCAAGGAUCUCGCACAAGUCGACCCAGGCGUUGUCACUGCCCUUUCAAAUAUCGUUGGUGGCGCAGAGCUGGAAGUCCGCGUAGGAUACUUCGGUAUCUGUGUUCAACCUGACCGUGGUUCCUUUAUCUGCAAUGCAAACGCGACGGCAUUGGCUGAGAUUGUCACUGUGGAUCAAGAUCCUCUCAACCUGAUUUGGGUUGCAUCGACGUUUAAAGACGCUGUGGUGUUUCCGUAUCUCCUUAUUGUUGCCGUCAUUCUCGCAUUCUUCUGUUUCAUUCUUCUGGCAACGUUUCCCGGCUGGCACGAGGAGAUGGAUGACACAGGCUCCGAGCGUGAAGUCAAGCCUUUCCCCUCGCGUCCUGUCUCCCAAGCUGCAUUGGCCCUCAUCUUUGUUUCGUCUGUUUUCGUUCUUGUAUCUGUAUUAUGGCAGCACACGGCAUCUGUCGCCGCCAGUACGAUAGCCCAAGACAUGGGCAAUGGAAGUGUCAAGAGUGGCGUGGGUUCUUCCGCCAUGGUGCUUGGUUGGUUCGGCUUUGUUCUACUAGUCAUUGUGACUGUUGGACUGCUGGUCAUGAUUUUGAGUAUCAGUUUGAUCCGCAAACUCACUGAUGACGAAUAA